CGGAAAACGCCAACAAGUAGUUUCUCGUCGAAGGGCGGCUCCGCUGUGCGUCGGGACUCAGUCAGGCUGCCCAGAGAACCUCGUCCACUCGGAAACCAAAGCAGAACCACCUUUCUCUCGGUCUCGUUAAGUCAUGUCUGAACCACAGCGAUGGGCAAGAUCGAGAACAACGAGAGGGUGAUCCUCAAUGUUGGGGGCACCCGGCACGAAACCUACCGCAGCACCCUCAAGACCCUACCCGGGACGCGCCUGGCCUUGCUCGCAGCUUCCGAGCCCCACGGCGAUUGCCCGACCGCGGCGGGCGACAAGCCGCAGCCGUCGCCCCCUCCGCUCUCGCCGCAGCCACGGCCGCCUUCGCUGCCCCCGGGCCCGGGUGGCUGCUUCGAGGGCGGCGCAGGCAACUGCAGCCCCCGCGGCGGCGGCGGUGACCACCCCGCCGGCGGUCGCGAGUUCUUCUUCGACCGGCACCCGGGAGUCUUCGCUUAUGUGCUCAACUACUACCGCACCGGCAAGCUGCACUGCCCCGCCGACGUGUGCGGGCCGCUCUUCGAGGAAGAGCUGGCCUUCUGGGGCAUCGACGAGACUGACGUGGAGCCCUGCUGCUGGAUGACCUACAGGCAGCACCGCGACGCCGAGGAGGCGCUCGACAUCUUCGAGACCCCCGACCUCAUCGGCGGCGACCCCGGCGACGACGAGGACCUGGCGGCCAAGAGGCUGGGCAUCGAGGACGCGGCGGGGCUGGGGGGCCCCGACGGCAAGGCUGGCCGUUGGAAGAGGAUGCAGCCCCGCAUGUGGGCCCUCUUUGAGGACCCCUAUUCGUCCAGAGCUGCCAGGUUUAUUGCUUUUGCUUCUUUAUUCUUCAUCCUGGUUUCAAUCACAACCUUUUGCCUGGAGACACAUGAGGCAUUCAAUAUCGUUAAAAACAAGACAGAACCAGUCAUCAAUGGCACAAGUGUCGUUCUACAGUAUGAAAUCGAAACGGAUCCUGCCUUGACGUAUGUAGAAGGAGUGUGUGUGGUGUGGUUUACUUUUGAAUUUUUAGUCCGUAUUGUUUUUUCCCCCAAUAAACUUGAAUUCAUCAAAAAUCUCUUGAAUAUCAUUGACUUUGUGGCCAUCCUACCCUUCUACUUAGAGGUGGGACUCAGUGGGCUCUCGUCCAAAGCUGCUAAAGAUGUGCUUGGCUUCCUCAGGGUGGUAAGGUUCGUGAGGAUCCUGAGAAUCUUCAAGCUCACCCGCCAUUUUGUAGGUCUGAGGGUGCUUGGACAUACUCUUCGAGCUAGUACUAACGAAUUUUUGCUGCUGAUAAUCUUCCUGGCUCUAGGAGUUUUGAUAUUUGCUACCAUGAUCUACUAUGCCGAGAGAGUAGGAGCUCAACCUAACGACCCUUCAGCUAGUGAGCACACGCAAUUCAAAAACAUUCCCAUUGGGUUCUGGUGGGCUGUGGUGACCAUGACUACUCUGGGCUAUGGGGAUAUGUACCCCCAAACGUGGUCAGGGAUGCUUGUGGGAGCCCUGUGUGCUUUGGCUGGAGUGCUGACAAUAGCCAUGCCGGUGCCUGUCAUUGUCAACAAUUUUGGAAUGUAUUACUCCUUGGCAAUGGCGAAACAGAAACUUCCAAGAAAAAGAAAGAAGCACAUCCCUCCUGCCCCUCAGGCAUGCUCACCUACCUUUUGCAAGACAGAGUUAAAUAUGGCCUGCAAUAGCACACAGGGUGACACGUGUCUGAGCAAAGACAAUCGACUUUUGGAACAUAACAGAUCAGUGUUAUCAGGGGACGACAGUACAGGAAGUGAGCCACCAUUAUCAUCCCCAGAAAGGCUCCCCAUCAGACGCUCUAGUACCAGAGACAAAAACAGAAGAGGGGAAACAUGUUUUCUGCUGACGGCAGGUGAUUACACGUGUGCUUCUGAAGGAGGGAUCAGGAAAGUGUUGUACAGAAUUUAUCAUGGAUUUUUGACUGCUGAGAAAGGGACAGUGGAACUUAGCCAUACGAAGGAUUGUACUGGAAACAGACUUCUGCUGCUGAAUGUGCCCUGAUGUGACUAGGUUGUACUUGGAAGAGGUUCCCGCAUCUUCAUGAGACAUUUAAUGGUUAAAAAAGAACUGUAGCUGGAACUCAUUUGGUGCUCCCAGUAUGAGUGGUCUACUUGUGGACUGGCCAGUGUCCAUGAAACAACUGUAAAUAACAACAUGUGUGCAUGAGUUGACAACUUUGGCCAUCCCACAUCCUAGGAAGCCAAAUUCAUGGUCAGCAUCUCUCAAGCUUCAAUUAAGGCCCACAGCUCUGUAAACUACUUCUCAUGGGCCCUUAGGAGGUUGUGCUAUGAAUCACACAAGACAAUGGUAUUGACAUAGAAUUGGUCUGUCUUAAUUUCUCUUUGUUAGUUGGAGCCACUAACAUUGACUGUAUCAUUUCUCAAAAGCCACUUACAAUAUCAGCUUGUCCAUUAUGUUGUGAAAUUUUUAGUGCCUACUUAUCAAAAAUGACUUAUUUUUAGUUGUAUUUUUGUUUCAUUCUGGAAAGUUCUUAUGGCUCAAAAAACUCACCAACAUUAUUCAUAGUUUAAUUCUUUUGUCAUUGUUAACUUGUUUAUAAAUAUUACAAAAAUAAAAUUCUGGCAAUGAGAGUAUUUUUUUAUUAAAUGAUCAAGGAGCAAUGUCAGUAUAUUGUAGAAUAUUAAUCAAAUUAGAUCUGAAAUGUAUAUUUUGCAUAAAAGAGAUAUUCUUCGAUCAAUUACUUUUUGUGAAUUUUGUGGCAAAUGAAGCUUUUACUUGUCUUUAAAACUGUUAUAGUUAAAACUGUAAUAAGAAUUCUUCAUCUUGCUUAAUCAGUAUUUCCAGAAACUUAUUAUUAGUUCCUCUGGGAUUCUGAAUAUAACAGAUAACCUAAUUAUGAACCCCUGUAUUGUGGACCUUUUGUGAACAUUUCAAGUGCAUGCAUAACCUUGGUGACAACUGAUAGAAAUGUGACUAACUGAAAUGAAGAAUAAAAGGCUAACAUGC